UUCUCUCUAGAGCGCCUCUCUCGCUCGCCCCUCCUGCGCUCGCUCUUUCUUACCCUCACCUCCUUUUUUCCCCCUUCUCUCCCUUUCUCCUCGUCCUCUCCUAGAGUUGUUGUUGUUGUUGUUGCCCCUCUUGCUUCUACUCCCCCCUUUCCCCCGUCCCCUCCCGGGGGUGUGUGGCAACUUUUCCCCUCUCUUCUCCUCCUUCUGUUUCCCCCCUUAUAUGUGACCAUGGCAGUGCCGGCGGCUUUGAUCCCUCCGACCCAGCUGGUCCCCCCUCAACCCCCGAUCUCCACUUCUGCUUCCUCCUCUGGCACCACCACCUCCACCUCCUCGGCGACCUCGUCUCCGGCUCCGUCCAUAGGACCCUCCGUGUCCUCUGGGCCAACUCUGUUCCGGCCCGAGCCCAUCGCUUCUUCGGCGGCGGCGGCGGCGGCGGCCACAGUCACCUCUCCCGGCGGCGGCGGCGGCAGCGGAGGCGGCAGCGGAGGCAACGGAGGCGGCGGCGGCGGCGGCGGCGGCGGCAGCAACUGCAACCCCAGCCUGGCCGCCGGGAGCAACGGCAGCAGCGGCAGCGGCGGUGGCAGCAUUAGCGCUGGCGGCGGCGGCGCCUCCAGCACCCCCAUCAACGCGAGCACCGGCAGCAGCAGCAGCAGCAGCAGUAGCAGCAGCAGCAGCAGUAGUAGCAGCAGCAGUAGCAGCAGCAGCAGCAGCUGCGGCCCCCUCCCCGGGAAACCCGUGUACUCAACCCCGUCCCCAGUGGAAAACACCCCCCAGAAUAAUGAGUGCAAAAUGGUGGAUCUGAGGGGGGCCAAAGUGGCUUCCUUCACGGUGGAGGGCUGCGAGCUGAUCUGCCUGCCCCAGGCUUUCGACCUGUUCCUGAAGCACUUGGUGGGGGGCUUGCACACGGUCUACACCAAGCUGAAGCGGUUGGAGAUCACGCCGGUGGUGUGCAAUGUGGAACAGGUUCGCAUCCUGAGGGGACUGGGCGCCAUCCAGCCCGGAGUGAACCGCUGCAAACUCAUCUCCAGGAAGGACUUCGAGACUCUCUACAAUGACUGCACCAACGCAAGUUCUAGACCUGGAAGGCCUCCUAAGAGGACUCAAAGUGUCACCUCCCCAGAGAAUUCUCAUAUCAUGCCACAUUCUGUCCCUGGCCUCAUGUCUCCUGGAAUAAUUCCACCAACAGGUCUGACAGCAGCAGCUGCAGCAGCUGCCGCUGCUACCAAUGCAGCUAUUGCCGAAGCAAUGAAGGUGAAAAAAAUCAAAUUAGAAGCUAUGAGCAACUAUCAUGCCAGUAAUAACCAACAUGGAGCAGAUUCUGAAAAUGGGGACAUGAAUUCAAGUGUUG